ACGGUCGGACGGACGCACGGACGGACGCGCGGAGCGCAGCGCGGGCCACGCAGGACAGGACCCUGUUCACGGCUGCUGCAUGACCAUGGCGCUGUCCUGGGGCUCCUGGCUGGCCCUGGCCCUGGCACUGGGCCCCGGCGGCCGCGUGCUGGCGCAGGGGCAGGACUGCACGGGCGUGGAGUGCCCGCCGCUGGAGCACUGCAUCGAGGAGGCGCUGGAGCCGGGCGCCUGCUGCGCCUCGUGCGUGCAGCAGGGCUGCGUGUGCGAGGGCUACCAGUACUACGACUGCCUGAGGGGCGGCUUCGCGCGCGGCCAGGUGCCCGCCGGCCAGUCCUACUUCGUGGACUUCGGCAGCACUGAGUGCUCGUGCCCGCCGGGCGGCGGGAAGAUCAGCUGCCAGUUCAUGCUGUGCCCAGAGCUGCCGCCCAACUGCAUCGAGCCCGUGGUGGCGGCCGACAGCUGCCCGCAGUGCCGCCAGCUGGGCUGCGAGCACGCGGGCUGGAAGUACGCGGCGGGCCACACGGUGCACCUGCCGCCCUGCCAGGCCUGCCUCUGCCCCGAGGGCGGCGGCGAGCUCAUCUGCUACCAGCUGCCCGGCUGCCAGGGCGGCCCCGAGCCCGCGGCCCCCGGCCCUGCCGGGAACUUCUCGGAGCCCGAGGAGGGCGACCCCGAGCGGCACUACGAAGACCCCUACAGCUACGACCAGGAAGUGGCGCUCGAGGGGGGGCUGCAGGAGGGCACGGCGGCGCCCCCAGGCCUGGGAGGGGGGAACUCGGGGCCCUCGGCCAUCCAGGCCACCGCCCGCCCCGCCCUGCUGCUCCGGCCCACGGUGGCGGCGGCCCUGGGCCUCCCGGCCCCCGUGCAGGUGAAAGCACGGAGAGUGACGGAGGACAGCCCGGAGGAGGCGGAGGAGCAGCGGGAGGACAGUCCCGUGUCAGAGCCGCCAGCCACGGGGACCCCCCAGGGCCUCCCCCCGCUGCCCACCGAGGCCCCCGCAGCCCCCGCUCUGCCCAUGUGGGAGGUCGCGGCGGAGGCCAGGGAGGGCCCCGAGGAGAACUUCAUCCCCGACGCCCAGGCCACUGCCCGCAGCACCCGGCCGAGGGCAGCCGGGACCACUCCGGGCCCCAGCGCGACCAGCCUGCCCCCGGCCCGGACCACGCUCAGCCCGCCCGGCACCUCUGCCAGGCCCAGCACCCCCGCCGCCCCCACCACCGCGCCACGACAGCCGGCCCGGGCCCCGCCCGCCCAGGAGGUGCCCCCGAAGCUGCCGGUGCCGCCUCACUCUCCGCCAGAGGAGGACUCGGAGCCCAACUCGGUCCACUUGGUGCCCAGGGGCCACAUGGACGUGUCCACCAAGGACCUGAUCGAGACGUGCUGCGCGGCCGGACAGCAGUGGGCCAUCGACAGCGACGAGUGCCUGGGGAUGCCGGACAGCGGCGCCGAGGGGGACGUCUGCAGGACGGCCCAGAUGCAGUGCUGCGUGUCCUACCUGAAGGAGAAGAGCUGCGUGGCCGGCGUCAUGGGCGCCCGGGAAGGCGAGGCCUGCGGGGCCGAGGACAACGACACCUGCGGCGUGUCCCUGUACCAGCAAUGCUGUGAGUGCUGCGGGCUGGGCCUGCGCGUGCGGGCCGAGGGCCACUCCUGCGAGUCCAACCCCAACCUGGGCUACCCCUGCAACUACGUCAUGCUCUCCUGCUGCGAGGGCGAGGAGCCGCUCAUCGUGCCCGAGGCCCGCCAGCCCGAGCCCCGGGCCGCGCCCCAGAGAGUUUCAGAGGUGGACGCGGCGGACGCGGCGAGCCAGGAGGCGCUGACCCUGGGCGCGGAGACGGAGCUGCCCAACAGCCUGCCCGGGGACGACCAGGACGAGUGCCUGCUGCUGCCCGGGGAGCUGUGCCAGCACCUGUGCAUCAACACCGUGGGCUCGUUCCGCUGCGCCUGCUUCCCCGGCUUCUCGCUGCAGGGCGACGGCCGCACCUGCUGGCCCGAGGGGAACCGCCCCGAGCCCAGAGCUGCGGAGGAGCCCGUGGUGAGACCCGAACCCGCGCAGGGGCUGCCCAACACCAUCCCGCUGCCCGAGCCCCAGCCCAACACCUGCAAAGACAACGGGCCGUGCAAGCAGGUGUGCAGCAUCGUGGGGGACCGCGUCAUGUGCUCCUGCUUCCCUGGCUACGCCAUCAUGGCCGACGGCGUGUCCUGCGAGGACCGAGACGAGUGUCUGAUGGGCACUCACGGGUGCAGCCGGCGACAGUUCUGUGUGAACAGCCUGGGAUCCUAUUACUGUGUCAACCACACAGUGCUGUGUGCCGAGGGCUUUAUCCUCAACAGGCACAGGAAGUGCGUGGACAUCAACGAGUGCGUGACUUCCCAGCACACGUGCAGCCGGGGCGAGCACUGCGUGAACACCGUAGGCUCCUUCCGCUGCUUCAAGACGCUCUCCUGCGAGCCUGGCUUCUCCCUCCAGGAUGGGGAGUGCGCAGAUGUGGACGAGUGCAAGCUGGGCACACACAACUGCCAGGUGGGCUUCGAGUGCCAGAACACCGAGGGCUCCUUCUACUGCCAGGCACGCCAGCGCUGCAUGGACGGCUUCCUGCAGGACCCCGAGGGCAACUGUGUGGAUAUCAAUGAGUGCACGUCGCUGACGGAGCCCUGCCGGCCCGGCUUCAGCUGCGUCAACACGGUGGGCUCCUACACGUGCCAGAGGGACCCGCUGCUCUGCAGCCGCGGCUACCACGCCAACCAGGAGGGCGACAAGUGUGUGGAUGUGAACGAGUGUGAGACUGGGGUGCACCAGUGCGGCGAGACCCAGGUGUGCCACAACCUCCCCGGCUCCUACCGCUGUGACUGCAAGCCUGGCUUCCAGCGGGACGCCUUCGGCCGCAGCUGCAUCGACAUUAAUGAGUGCUGGACGUCGCCGGGCCGCGUGUGCCAGCACACGUGUGAGAACACCGUGGGCUCCUACCGCUGCUCCUGCGCCGCCGGCUUCCGGCUGGCCGAAGACGGCAAACACUGCGAAGACGUGAACGAGUGCGAGAGCCCGCGCUGCAGCCAGGAGUGCGCCAACAUCUACGGCUCCUACCAGUGCUACUGCCGCCAGGGCUACCAGCUGGCCGAGGACGGCCACUCCUGCACAGACAUCGACGAGUGCGCCCAGGGCGCUGGCAUCCUCUGUACCUUCCGCUGUGUGAACGUGCCAGGGAGCUACCAGUGUGCGUGCCCGGAGCAGGGCUACACCAUGAUGGCCAACGGCAGGUCCUGCAAGGACCUGGACGAGUGUGCGCUGGGAACCCACAACUGCUCCGAGGCCGAGACCUGCCACAACAUCCAGGGCAGCUUCCGCUGUCUGCGCUUUGAGUGUCCCCCCAACUACGUGCGCGUCUCGGAAACGAAGUGCGAGCGCACCACGUGCCACGACUUCGCCGAGUGCCAGAACGCGCCGGCGCGCAUCACCUUCUACCAGCUCAACUUCCAGACAGGCCUGCUGGUGCCCGCGCAGAUCUUCCGCAUCAGCCCGGUGCCCGUGUUCGCGGGGGACACCAUCGUGCUGACCAUCACCAAGGGCAACGAGGAGGGCUACUUCGGCACGCGGCGGCUCAACGCCUACACGGGCGUGGUGCACCUGCAGCGCGCCGUGCGCCAGCCGCGGGACUUCGCCCUGGAUGUGGAGAUGAAGCUGUGGCGCCAGGGCUCCGUCACCACCUUCCUGGCCAAGAUGCACAUCUUCUUCACCGCCUACGUCUAGAGACCCCCGGGACCCCCGCCGCGCGCCCCGCCCCGCCCCGCGCGCCCCGCCCUGCGCGCGCCCGCCCCGUGCGCGCCCUCUGUAAAUUAACUUAAUUUCACGGACCCACACCCCGCGGGGGCGUGGCUGCCUGGAGGACACGUCAAGGUCAUGGCCAGUGACCCCCGAACUCAGGCCGCGGGGUGCCCCAGUCCAAGCCAGAGACCACGCCGGGGCCUUUGCCGGCCGCUGCGUGACCUGUCCCGAGGUUUAUAUUUCACUUCAUGCUCCACUGGGAUUACUUACUUUAAAGGGGGGGAGGGGAAUCACUUCAAGCAUUGGUUUUUUUUUUUUUAAUCAUAAAAGUAGUAUUUGUGCAUUCUGGAAAAACCCAAAUAGUACAGAAGGGUUGU